AUAUGUCGGUGACCGACGCGGGGUUUAGAGAAUAAUAAACAAUCACAUUCACACAUCUUCGAAGACUAAAUUUGUCAAUUAUUUUAAAAAAGAGCAGAAAUAAUUAAAUUCGGUGGAAAUCAGAUCCAAAUUCUGGUAUUUUAACACUGUAAAGUAGUAUGAUUUUGCUCCACCACUUGCUCUGAUAUACUCCCUCGCUCUUUCUACUAGAUCCCGAUCUGGAGAUUUCUCUACUCUCUCUCUGCUCACAAAGUUGCAAUCUUUGGUGAAAUCUGAAGCAACCAACCCCUUUCUCUGGUGCAUGUGACUAGGGACUGACUGUGGAGUGGGUUUAGAAACAUGGCAAUGGGGAGAUAUUCUCGUUUAGACGGGAAGAAGUCAUCCGGAUAUGGCUUAACCAUUACCAUAGUUUUAAUUGUCUCUCUCUGUUUGGUUGGGGCCUGGAUGUUCAUGUCUUCAUGGUCUGCACCAACUGAGUCCGUUGACUUCUCUGCGAGCCAGGCUGCAAAAGAUGUGGAAACCACUGCCAAGAGUGAUUUCACUAACGAAGAAGUUGACCGAGGCUCCAAGAGCUUUUCUGAUGAGAAGAGCGAGGAAACAGAGGCUGUGACAGAGAGCAACGAAGAGAAGCCUGAUGAUCCUGAGAAAUCUGCUGAGGAGAAAACAGAGCAGGUUCAGGAGAAGAAGGAAUUCGAGGACAAAAACGGUGAUGGUGAUAGAAAAGAUGGGGAGGGUGAGAAAGAGACGGAGUCAGAAAGUGAUGAAGCCAAGCAAAAAGAGAAAACACAACUUGAAGAGAGCUCGGAAGAAAACAAGUCCGAGGAUGGUAAUGGAACCGAAGAAAACGCCGGUGAGUCUGAAGAAAACACCGAGAAGAAGUCAGAGGAAAACGCUGGUGAAAGUGAAGAGAACACUGAGAAGAGCAAAGAUGUUUUCCCAGCUGGUGACCAGGCUGAGAUUACAAAGGAGUCAAGCACUGGAAGUGGGGCUUGGUCAACGCAAUUGGUCGAGUCGCAGAACGAGAAGAAAGCACAAGUGUCCUCGAUCAAAUGGAAACUAUGCAAUGUGACAGCUGGAUCAGACUACAUACCUUGCCUUGACAAUUUGCAAGCUAUCAGGAAGCUUCAUUCCACAAAGCAUUAUGAACAUCGUGAGAGGCAUUGUCCUGAGGAAUCUCCACGCUGCCUCGUUUCUCUUCCCGAAGGGUAUAAGCGAUCCAUCAAGUGGCCUAAGAGCAGAGAAAAGAUCUGGUACAACAACAUUCCUCACACCAAGCUUGCAGAAGUCAAGGGACAUCAAAACUGGGUGAAGAUGAGUGGUGAAUACUUAACAUUCCCUGGUGGAGGUACUCAGUUCAAGAACGGUGCUCUCCACUACAUCGAUUUCCUACAAGAGUCAUAUCCUGAUAUUGCGUGGGGAAAUAGAACACGUGUGAUACUGGAUGUUGGGUGUGGGGUUGCUAGCUUCGGAGGAUAUCUCUUUGACAGAGAUGUGCUUGCUUUGUCAUUUGCACCCAAAGAUGAACACGAGGCGCAGGUGCAGUUUGCUUUGGAACGUGGUAUUCCCGCAAUGUCAAAUGUUAUGGGAACCAAGAGAUUGCCUUUUCCAGGAUCUGUUUUCGACCUUAUCCAUUGUGCUCGUUGUAGAGUCCCUUGGCACAUCGAAGGCGGUAAGCUGCUUUUGGAAUUGAAUCGUGCAUUGAGGCCAGGUGGUUUCUUUGUCUGGUCGGCAACUCCAGUUUACAGGAAGACCGAAGAAGACGUUGGCAUAUGGAAAGCUAUGUCGGAGCUAACAAAGGCAAUGUGCUGGAAACUGAUGACGAUUAAGAAAGAUGAACUGAAUGAAGUUGGUGCUGCCAUUUACCAAAAGCCAAUGACUAAUAAAUGCUACAACAAAAGAUCUCAAAACGAGCCACCUCUCUGCAAAGACUCCGAUGAUCAAAAUGCCGCUUGGAAUGUUCCACUUGAGGCAUGUAUGCACAAAGUGACGGAAGACUCAUCAAAACGCGGAGCAGUUUGGCCUGAAAAGUGGCCGGAGAGAGUGGAGACUGCUCCUCAGUGGUUAGACUCUCAGGAAGGUGUAUAUGGAAAACCUGCACAAGAGGAUUUCACAGCAGACCAUGAACGUUGGAAGACUAUUGUUUCAAAGUCAUACCUCAACGGUAUGGGAAUCGAUUGGUCUUAUGUUAGAAAUGUGAUGGACAUGAGAGCUGUCUAUGGAGGUUUUGCUGCUGCUUUGAAGGAUCUGAAACUGUGGGUGAUGAAUGUAGUCCCUAUCGACUCACCGGAUACACUUCCAAUUAUAUACGAGCGUGGUCUGUUUGGAAUCUACCAUGAUUGGUGUGAAUCAUUCAGCACUUACCCUCGAACUUACGACCUUCUUCAUGCUGAUCAUCUUUUCUCUGCACUAAAGAAGAGGUGCAGCUUGGUGUCGGUAAUGGCUGAAGUGGAUCGGAUUCUUAGACCACAAGGAACUUUCAUAGUAAGAGAUGACGUGGAAACGAUAGGAGAGAUUGAGAAGAUGGUGAAAUCGAUGAAAUGGGAUGUAAGAAUGACACAUUCCAAAGAUGGAGAAGGAUUGCUCUCUGUGCAAAAGUCAUGGUGGCGUCCUACAGAGGUGGAGACAAUUACAUCAGCAAUAGCCUGAGAUCAAGGAAACGAAGAAAGAGUAUGGGUUAAUAUAGUUUAUGAUUUAAGUUGUUUCUUUUGAAUGAUCACAUUGAUUGUUACUUGUAUUAGUCCAAUAUUUGUAUCCCUUUUUUUGCAUUGAAGAAAAUUGUAUACAAGACAAUUGUCUCAAAAAGUGUAAACUUAUAAUGAGUAUUUUUGCUUUGGUCCUAAACUCCCAUGAAAUCAUAAUUCUAAUUAUUGAGUAGAUCACUUCCAAAUUCA